AUGUCUUCCUCCAAGCCUCUCCACACUUACCACCGUCGCUCCAAAUCAAAAUCCACUGACAGGGUGGAUUUCAAUCCGUCAAUUCCUAGGGUUCCUCGAACCCGUUCUUCUUCCUCUGUUCCUGUUGGAGAUUCUUCUCCUUUUGUGUCUAAUGAGGCUGCCUCCUUCUUUAAUGAGGUUGUCUCAAAGAGAAAUUCAUUCCUGAGAGGUAUUACCAGUUUGAUGUUGUUCCCCUUGGCGGCUCAAGAGUCUGCAAAUCAGAUUUUUGGAGCACUACCACCUUCAAGCCCUAAAUUCUCUCUCUAG